AUGGAGCUAUCAUUCACUAACAGUAAUAAUUCAACACCAACAAAGCGUCCUGUGAAACGUUUGACGAAUUAUGACGCCCGCCUAAUUGCCGAGGCGAAUCUGCUCCCGCCAGUUCCUAGUCGGCGUCAACGGUACUCACAAAGCUCUCAAUCGGCAGAAAUAUUUGCGGACUCAAUUGAGGAAGAUCGAUUUCAGAUAAGAGCCACUCGGUCUUUGCGAUUAACAGAUGUCGUAUCUAGCUCCAAGCAGGCAAACGCUAGUCUUACUCGUUCGGGUCGCCUGAUUUCAAAUAUCCCAGCGUUUUCUGGCGAUACAGAUGACGCACUCACUGGUUAUUCCCUCCGAUCAACAAAAAGAAGCCAGUUUCAAGCUAAGAGCCACUCUGUCACAUUGUGUUCUUCUCGUCCAGAACUGUCUACACCGGGGGAUCUGUCUCCUCAUCCAUCUGAUUAUCAUGAGUCGCAUAUGUUGGAAGCAGUACCUGAUAGCACGUCCGAUAUUGCCUCGGAACCACCGCAGAUUUACCCCAUCUUAGCCCCUGAAUUAGAUGAAGAGCUUGUGACCUGUGGAGACCGAUUUUUUGUUUCUGAUAUGGACCAGUCCUGUUCUACUACCCCUUUGCGGACAGAUCCAAUGGAUGACUCAGAUCUGUCUGGCGAUCCGGCCGGCGCUAGCCACGCUUGUUCGUUUGCUUCGUACGCGACGGAGCCACUGGACUAUAUUUACUCGGAUCACGAUUACAUAAGGCAUACUGCUCAUGAGACAAAAUUAAAUACUAACCGACUCGUGCAUUCCUUACCCUUACCUCUCCCACCCGUCAUGGACUAUCCUUCAGACAUUGCCCAUCCUGUCUCCACUGUCAAUCAUUUUCUUACCAGCACACCACCCCCUCCCGUGUUGCAUCCAGCAACUCCACCCGGAUUACAUCUCCAAGAUCCGACUACCUCACCGAAUCAUCAGAAAAUCAUUUUUUCUCCUCAGGAGCAUCGCUUGUUUCCGUUACCCACACCGAACUCGUGUCCUACGAAACCAGCGGCGUUCUGGGCUGUGUCCACGCCUUCCGCAAGAGUCAAAUCGUCUAAGCGACAUUUGCUACCAUUCGAGCAGCGCUUGACCGUCACUCUGAAGCGCAUAGGUCCACAGAGUUAUCAAAUAUCCCAUCCCGACGAAGUUUAUGUAUCUCAGUGA